CACAUGGCAUCUCACCUCUCUCUCUCUCUCUCUCUCUCUUAUUUUCUAAUGAUAAUAUAGUAGUAUAUUUAAUUUUUCAAAGGCCCUUAUUACCAAUCCUCUGAUUUUUCCAUUUCUUGAUUUGUUUUUGUAUUCUUCAACCACUACAAUAUCUAACUCCACCCACCACCUAUCUGUAAUCUAGCACCACUCAAUAAGCUACAAUUUGAUUUUGAUUUACCCCAUUUAUGUAGCAUGUAUGUAACUGUGCAUGUGUAAUAAAUUUGGCUUUGCAAGUUUAUAUUUAAUGGAGAAGACAAAGGGAAUCCCAACAGAAAACCAAACUACAAGCCAAGAGACUUAUCAUCUUCCUUCCUCUCUCUCUCUCUCUCUACGUUAUGGUGAGAGAAACUGAAGUCUUUUGAAAGUCCAAGAGAUCAGGACGCAGCCCUUUUGGUGUGAGUUCUUCUUUUUGGGGGAGCUAAAAUAUGGUCGGAAUUUUCUCAAGAUUUUCGGUCAGGGGUAGUCAUCGUCGGACUCAGAGUGCCCUCGAUGAGAGGGAAGUACUGCCUCCUAGCACAGAGGCAACUGCCACAGCAGGUUUAACUGCAACUGCAUCUAAUGCCACCCAUGGAAUCGAAAUUGCUGUCGAGUUUAAGCCGGUUGAACGCCCGACUGAGCCUCUUGACAAUGAUCAACCAAUCCAAUGUCCAUUACCAGAGCCUUCAAUUCUCAAUGAUGGAAGAAUAUGGAAGGAGAGAGUGUCAUCAGGCGUGCAAAGGAGGGCUGAUACGCCAAUCAUGCAGGAGCAAACCCCAGCAGCAGAACCCGAGACUCUUGGAAGAAAACCUCGGCCACCUUCCAACCGAGUCAUUCUGCCAUCAAUUAGCGCCCCGGAACACAACAUCCUGAAACUACUCGAUGAGUGCAAUGCAUCUGGAAUAUAAACUUACAAUAAAAAUCACACUUUUCGAAUUUCUUUUUUGCGUUAUAGCUGUAUAAAGGCACGACAAUGUUCAAUUUACCCCUUUGUAGCCUCGUUUCGUUCUUAUAUUGUAAUGAGUUCCACAAAUUCAUGUAUUUGUGAAUGAGAAAUUUCGUUACCACACACUUGCAUAUUUCCAGAGGUUUUGUUU